AUGGCCAACGUCACGCCGGGGGUCGAGCACGCCGAGCGUGCCUGCAACUCAUGCAGACAGCGUCGGGUCAAGUGUGACAAGACACUUCCGACCUGCCUGCGGUGUGAAAAACUAGGCAGACCGUGCACGGGCUAUGAUCUGGAACGCAAGUUCCUGGAUGAAGGCGUCAAGGUUCGGCGGAAAUAUGAUGGGAACUUUCAGUCCCCGGAUUUCUCGAGGGCUGUAGUCUCGAAUUCCCCCAAAGUCUCGGCAGGGGCAGUACCUGACCGUCGAAUCAACCUCCCGCCGAUACAAGUAAAUUCACCACCCGUGUCUUCCGCUCCCAACCUCCACAAUAGACAAGGCGUAUUCGAUCGGAACUCGAUUCCCAACGUACAGUUUCCCGCCUUUGGGAUUCUCAACCAACAGAGUCCCGACUUCAAUCUAUUUCCUAAUACUUCUCCCCAGCCGGCCAUCAGCGCACCUCCAUCGGCACCUCCGACAAAUUUCCAAUUUACAGCGGCUGCUCCUCCUCCUCCUGCAUUCCCUGACCACGGUCAGUAUGCGCAUCAGGAACACCCCACCGCCAAGCUACUACAUGGCAAGCCCCAGUAUGCACCGUCAGACUUGGAUUCUUCCGUCAGCGAGGACUAUUUCGACCUUGAUAUCGAAACCUACUACGCGAGGGGGAACAACGCCUGUGGAUUCAUUCCUGGUCUCCCGGUGAUUUUGACCGAUACCAAUGUUCCUGAAUCCGACGACGAUUUCCUGACGAGUGAUUUCGCCUCGAUCAGUGGCCGAUCAUCAGUCUAUGAUGGGCAAGUUGACCCUUUUCCCUCGGAAGGUAAUCGCAACAGCCGUCCAGAGUACAGCCAAAAGUACCUCCACGAAAGGACAACCGAAUUGGCCUGUCUGACACGACACUUUGUCCAAUCAGUUUCACCAUCGAUGGAUCUCUUCGACCUCGACAACUAUUUUAGCAGGAUCGUUCCUCUCAAAGCUGUCCAGAAUGUCAUGUUAAGAUCUGCAAUGGCCGCCGUGGCUGCCAAUCAGAUCGGGCAGAUGAUGGCAAACCACUCGCCAUUGGAAGACUUGCAGCAUCUAUUGCCAUUUAUCGGAGAGGACGGGGCGUUGCAGCACACGGACUGGUUUUAUAAGGCCGCCAACUACUACGACCGGGGGAUUUCAUACCUGCGAAUCUUUUUGCAGCGCUGGCUGAGUGAUACAAACAACGAGGGGCUCACGGGACAUGCCUCGAGGUACCACGAUCCGCGAACUCUGCCAGAGACGAGCAAUAGCGCCGCGCUAGGCGUUGCCCCAAACAAGCGACGACGCAUCAGCAGAACACAGUCGUCGGAUGGAGCAGACAUGGAAGCUCUGGUGGCCGCAAUAUCUGUGUUCUCUCUUUAUGAAUCUCUCGACAACUUUGCCGAUGAUUGGUCACAACAUCUUGAUGGCUUCAAAGCGCUCCUGGAAAGCAAGAUUCUCCCCCAGGCCGUGGUGUCUAUUCCCCGUCCACGCGCGAAUCCUUUCAUAUCAAUGAAGGCGGGGCGGGCGGCUUUCUGGAACUUUGCCCGAGCAGACUAUCUUGCAGCAUACGUCAACCACUCGAAAACUCGACUGGAUCCGGACAAUUUGACCAUGUGGAAGGCAGCAGGUUUGCCAGUGAUGGACGACGGAACAUUAAAUUAUAAUGAUCCAUCGACUCCCAUCAACACCAUCGUUUCAUAUCAGCCCGGCGACAGAGAAGACCUGGUUUCCUGCACAUUGAUCUGGAUAGUCUUGAGGACCAUGAAUUUUAUUGCGCCGCAGGAAGAGAGCACCGGAAGUUUGGUGGGCACUCCCCGCGUGUUUGACAGCCCUGGAACAGACGCCAAAGCGGGUUCCGAGCCGGGCACACCAGGCGCCAUGCACAGUCGAGUUACUCGGUGGAAACAACUGCGCCGACAGCUCGAAGACUGGUACGACAACCUUCCAUUCACCUUUCAACCGUAUGCGAUCGCGGCUGCAGGGGCACAGCACCCUUCAGACCUCUUGCCCGACGGCAGACCGCGCUUUGCCAGACUCUUUUUCAGUGUGCCCAUGUGUGCCGCUGCUCUCCAACUGUACCACUUUGCACAGAUCCUCCUGCUGUUGAACCAGCCUGUCGAAGAACAGGACACGAGACAUCCGGCGAACAGACUUCGGAUGUUUCGCAAAGUUGCCGAAGAGUCGGAACAUCACAGCCGACAGAUCUGCGGGAUCGCAUUGGGGAAACCCCCGCCGGCGGUCAGCAGGCAAAUGGUGCACUCGCUCUACCUGGCAGGAUCAUGCUUUGAGGAGAAAGAAGACCGAACCGUGGUUUUGGAACUACUGGACAACAUUGCCAAGGAGACAGGUUGUCCGACGGCUCCCCGGAUCAGAGAGUUGAAAGAACAAUGGGGCUGGGAAGAUGACACCGUCAAGGAAAUUGCCUGA